GACGAGGGCCAUAAUCCUGCAAGUGAAGCCUGAGCCAUCGUCUUGCAGCAAAGCGAGCUCGGUGACUUGUUAAUCCUCAACCCCCGUCAUCGACAACGCUCGCCACCACGCCGCGAACGACAACCACGGCACAACCCACCAGCCAUGAUUCACUUCCACCCAGACCUGCGGCUCGUCGACAUGGACGGCGAGCCCAAGCGGGAGGAGAACUACAUCCAGUCCGACACGGACCAGGUGCACGCGUCCAACCUGCUAGUCCUCGACAGCGGGGAGGUGCUCUGCGCCUUUUUCGGCGGCUCCAUGGAGGGCACAUCGGACAUCUACAUCUGGCUGGCGCGGCUGGCACCUGGGGCCGACGAGUGGUCGGAGCCCGCGCGGGUGUCAGGCGACCCGGGCCGCAGCGAGCAGAACCCGGUCCUGUUCGAGGACCCGCGCACCAAGAACCUCUGGCUCCUCUACACGGCGCAGGAGCACGGCGCGCAGAACAAGUGCCUGGUGCGCCGCCGCGUGUCGACGGACCAAGGACGCACCUGGUCCGAGGCGCGCGAGGCCUUUUCCGACCGCGGCGUGCUUGUGCGGCAGCCCGUCACGGUGCUGCCGGACAAGGAGGGGCCGGGGAGGGACGUCUGGGUGCUGCCCGUGUUCCACUGCCGCGCGGCCGAGGGGGAGGAGUGGGUCGGCAACGACGACGUGUCGGCCGUCAGGUACUCGGCCGACGGCGGCGAGACGUGGAAGGAGAGCGUGGUGCCCGACUCGCGCGGCGCCGUGCACAUGAACAUCCGGCCGGACCCGGGCCCCGAGGGCGGCUGGGUUGCCGUCUUCCGCAGCCGCUGGGCCGACAACAUCUACAUGUCGCGCUCGCAGGACUGCAUCACGUGGUUCAAGCCCCAGCCCACGGAACUGCCGAACCCCAACUCGGGCAUCGGCAUGGCAGUCACCAAGGGCGGGAGGCUCGCGCUGGUGUACAACGACUCGCGCGCGACGCCCGACAUGGCGCGCCGCGAGGGCCUGUACGACGACCUCGAGACGGGCAAGCCCAAGCUCAGCAAGCAGGCAGUCAUCGACGGCAAGCCGGCCAUCUGGGGCACGCCGCGCAACAGGCUGACGCUGGCGACGUCGGACGACGGCGGGCGCACGUGGAAGACGCGGGGCCUGCUGGACGACGGGCUCGGGUUCUGCCUAACGAACAACUCCAAGGGCCAGAGGAACCGCGAGCUCAGCUAUCCUAGCAUCGCGGUCGCUGCUGACGGCACCAUCCACAUUGCCUACACGUUUUGGCGCAUGCGGAUCAAGUACUGCAGGAUCAAGGAGGAGGAUCUGAAAUAGGGCGCUACUGCGAGUAGAGAUGAUGUACAUGUGUAAAUAUCUUGGACCUCGGACGCAGAUAAACAUACACACACACACACC